AUGUGGUGGUGGUGUUCUUCAACGAAAGGUCGUUCAAAUCUGGAGAGAUUUCUCUUAGGAGUCACUCCUAAACCUUCUUCAUUCUCUCUUCCUCAGCAACAGGGAAAGGAGGAGAUUGAGUAUUUCAGGCUUGGUGAUCUUUGGGACUAUUAUGAUGAAAUGAGCGCGUAUGGCUUAGGUUCGCAGGUUGAUUUAAACAAUGGCGAAACCGUUAUGCAGUAUUUUGUCCCGUAUCUAUCCGCCAUUCAAAUCCAUACUAACAAACCCGCCGUGAUUUCCAGGAACCAGAAUGAGGUGGUGGAAUCUGAGAGUAGCGAGUGUUGGAGCGAUAGUGAGAGUGAGAAGCUGUUGUCAAGGUCGAUGAGCAAUGAUUCGAGCAAAACAUGGGAUGUUGUCUCUGAAGAUUCGGUGUUUGAUCAGGAUGGUACUCUAUUGCCGCGAGAUAGACUUGGUUGCCUUGACUUUAAAUACAUUGAAAGAGAUCCUCCAUACAAACGGGUUCCCUUAACCGAUAAGAUAAACGAAUUGGCGGAGAAGUAUCCAGGACUCAUGACCUUAAGGAGUGUUGAUAUGUCUCCUGCAAGUUGGAUGGCUAUUGCGUGGUACCCAAUAUAUCACAUACCAACCUGCAAGAACGAGAAAGAUUUGACCACAGGCUUCCUAACUUAUCAUACUUUAUCUUCAACUUUCCAAGAUAACGUAGUGGAAGGAGAUACUAGCAACAACGAUGGCAGUGAAGAAACAGAGUGUUGUGAAGAAUCAAUCAUAAACAAGAGAAUCCCAUUGCCUCCAUUUGGUUUAGCUAGUUACAAAUUGCAAGGAGAUCUUUGGAGAAAGACAGAAUUUGACCAGGACCGGUUGAGCUAUCUUCAGAGAUCUGCAGAUUCAUGGCUGAAACAGCUCAAUGUUGAACACCAUGACUUUAGCUUCUUCGUAGCAACCGCGGCCAUCGCCGAGUUUUUUCCUCCUGUUUCAAAGCCCAUGGAAGUUAACUAA